AUCAGAAAACAGUUUUCUUUUCAGUUUAAAAAGAAUAUGGCCGUGUUAGGGCCGUGUGUGAGUGUAAAUAUGAACGGGCACAAUAGUAUUCAUAGUCAGUUAACAAAAUCGUUAGAAAGAAUUAUCGAAGAUGCGUAUUUGAGUGGUGAAUUAAAAUUGAGUGGACGAAAGUUGAGAGAGUUUCCAAAACCAGUGAAAUAUGACUUGAGCGAUACAGUUGUUGCUGAUUUAUCAAAAAAUCGGUUCAGUGAAGUGCCAGAUGAAGUGACUAAAUAUAUUUAUUUGGAAAAGUUGUUGCUAUCGCAAAACAUCAUCAGAUGCAUUCCGGACGCUGUCGGAGGUCUGCAGUCUCUCACAUAUUUGGACCUCAGUUCAAAUCAGCUGACAGAGUUACCGCGAGAAGUAUGUCAAAUGCCGUUACAAGUUCUGCUCCUGCCAGACAACAUGCUCUCUACGUUACCGAAGGAGAUAGGCAAGAUGACGUCAUUAGCCGAGCUGGACGCGUCCAACAAUAGGCUGACGCAAGUGCCGAUGACCCUCGGGGACUGCGCAGGGCUGCGGGCCCUCGACCUCAGCAAUAACCAGCUGGGACUGCUGCCUUUGCAAAUAACAUACCUCCGCCUGGAACACCUGGAUGUCAGUUGCAAUUGCAUAUCGUCCCUGCCGCUGGAGCUUCGCAACAUGAACACGCUGAUCACGCUCAACCUGGACAAUAACCCGCUGGUCUCCCCACCCACAACGGUAUGCAUGCGCGGGCGCGUGCAUAUAUUCAAAUACCUCGAGAACAUGGCCAACAAGGACACGUUGCCGACGCACAGAAGGAUCGACGAGACCAAACGAACGGCAAAACACAAUUCGUACAUCAACAACUCCCCGAAUCAAAGCGCGACGCAUCAAAUCACAUCAGGCAACGCGACGAUAGACUGUCUCAGGCAUAAGCCUAGACAUGUCGUGGACAGCGGUUACUGUACGGAUGGCGUCGAGAAGAGAUGGUCGAAUGAUGGAGGUGGAGAGGCUGGCGGAGGCGGAGGCUCGGGGAGGUCAACACCAAGCACACCUUCAACCUUAUCGCCCGGCGCUGCUCUGUCCAGAGCGCAGUCACUGUCGAGCGAAACACCGCUAGCGCCCAUGACACCUCUCCUCACCGGCGUCCGUAUAUCACCCGAUGGGAACAUGUCUAACAGUGAAGAUAAGAGUAAAUUAGCCCAUCAACAAACAUACAGACAAUACAAAGAAGCCUUAAGACAACAACGCCAGCAAGACAUAUACCGCCCCCGCACCGACCAACCAUCCCCCGAGCUCGAUUCCUCACCCCUGAACCAAAGUCCAGUCCACCAGAAGUCCAACCCCCACUCACCGAUCAACGGUUACAGUAACGUAUCCCCUAGUCUAUACAAAUCCACAUCUUCCAACUCGAGCGUGUCUACCUCAUCACCGAACACGUCCCAAGUGCCAAAUUCCCCCUUAUUGCAUUCGACACCGCGAAGAAUCCAAGGUCAAAAUGGCAACCCAGAAAAACAGGAGGAGAACAAACGGCCAGUACAAAAAGUAGUUCCAUCGAGGAACGUCAACAAAAUAUACUCGGCUGUGAACGGAAACGUCGAUUACAACAGGGUGAACGGUCAGGCGGAGGCGUACAUCAAACCCACGUCGCCGACGAAGUCCCCCACUAGCACGUUAGGGUACAACAGUUUAGGCAAGUCGAGCAUACCGCGGCAGGUGAACGGCGACGGCACCAAGUUGUUAACGACCACCGUCUCGUACUUGAAAGGUGCGGCGCCCAAGCCGCCGGGCAAGAUGGCGUGGAACAAGGACGCGCCCACCGACAAACUCAGCUUCACCAUGAAGAGGGAGUUCGAUAAACAGAAGGAGGAGUCGGAUCUGCUGCAGCAGUUGAGGACGAUCCUGGAGAGCCGGCUGAAGAUGUCGCUGCCGGAGCAGCUGGCGCCGGUGCUGUGCGACGGCGUGGUGCUGUGCCACCUCGCCAACCACGUGCGCCCGCGCGCCGUCGCCUCCGUGCACGUGCCCUCGCCCGCGCAGGUACGCAGCGCGACGCAACCGAAGCUCACAAUGGCCAGGUGUAGAAGGAAUGUGGACAAUUUCUUAGAAGCGUGCCGGAAAAUUGGAGUAGAGGAGGAGUCCAUCUGCUCGCCCGAAGACAUUCUGGUGAACGAACCCGAGGACGGGAACAGCGGCGUCAUACAACUCGCUCGCACCGUCGCCGCCCUCCUGCCACACGCCACACCACACGCCACGCCACACGCCUCGCCAAAGGAUAUGCAAACUGACCCAUACCGCUACAGCAUGGACCAGCUCACCGUCGACGUGGGCGACGACGUCGAGAUGGAGGCCAACUACCAGAGACAACUGCGGCGCUACUCCGACGAACGACACGUCAGCAACUUCAACUACGAGUGCACACACUACACCAUCGACGAAUCCGAAGAGUACCAGAUGAACUGCGAGAACAACAACGCGGAAAUACAGAACGGACACUAUUCGCCCGUUUACGGGACGGAGUUGCGGAAUAGGGGGCCGUAUUACCAAAACAAUAGGGUGCAGUUUGUUACGCCGUUUUGCAAAGCGGAUGCCGUAUUGAAGAGUGACAGUUUGGAAAUAUACGACACGGAUGAAAUUGACUUCCCUGUUGUGAUGGAAACGCAGGAGGAGGUGGAGAGAUAUGACAGGGGGAAGAUGAAUCUCGACAUACAGAACAAUCUGAACAAGGAGUUGGACCACGAAACCGAAGCUAAAAAUGACAACGACCGAGUGUUUUAUACUUGUCUGUGUCUCGGCACGUUCUUUGUGUCGGCCAUUGUGUUGAUUAUGUAUCCGUUGUAAAAUAUCGUGAGUUAGAAAUUCACUA